GAGGCGGAGGGAACAGGUUUCUCGUUGAUCGGAAAGCGUAAGGAUAGUUGAUCAUGCCUGAUCCAGCCAAGUCCGCUCCAGCCGCGAAGAAAGGCUCCAAGAAAGCGGUGACCAAGACCCAGAAGAAAGAUGGGAAGAAGCGCAGGAAGACAAGGAAGGAGAGUUACGCCAUUUACGUGUACAAGGUGCUGAAGCAGGUGCACCCCGAUACCGGCAUCUCCUCCAAGGCCAUGAGCAUCAUGAACUCCUUUGUCAACGAUGUGUUUGAGCGCAUCGCAGGGGAAGCCUCCCGCCUGGCUCAUUACAACAAGCGCUCCACCAUCACCUCCCGGGAGAUCCAGACCGCGGUCCGCCUGCUGCUGCCUGGGGAGCUGGCCAAGCACGCCGUGUCCGAGGGCACCAAGGCUGUCACCAAGUACACCAGCGCCAAGUAACUGCUGCCCCAUCUCCUGCCCUACUCCCGGCAACACAAAGGCUCUUCUAAGAGCCACCCAUUUUCUCACUAUAAGAUCUGUAUAAUGUGAGUUUACGUUAGUUUGUGUGGAAGCUGUAUAACAGCCGGUAACACUAACCUUGGCACCGGGAAGGGUUUCUGAAGCAUAACUAAUUUUGGCGGGGGCUGUUCUGCUGUAACACGGAGGGAGAGGUGGGGCUGUGGGUACAAUAUACAGAGGGAUAU